UCACGGUUCACCUCUGCAGAGACCAAGCUGGAAGAGGUGGAGACUCAGCAGAGGCGAGCUACCAAAAUCAGUGAGAAGCUCUCUGCGGACGAAGCGGCGCACACGCAGGACAUCCUCUCGCAGCUGCGCAGCACCCACUCGCAGAUCGUGGAUGGAUCUACUUGCACGGCCAACGACCUCCAGCAAGUCUUGCAGGCAAGCCACGACUUGCAGAGUGUGUUGGAGCAGAAGGUUGACUCGUUGCUGUGGAAGCACACGAAACAGCAGCCGGUGCUUGUCGAUUUCAGUGGUUUGCAGCUUGCUGGGUCUGCACCGUCUGAGCAGGACUCGGAGAUGGUAAAAGUGGCGGCGGAACUGGCGGCGAAGGUUGACAGCCAGCUUUCCAAUCUCACCGCCAAGCUCGAGGCCUUUGCUGAAGAGGCGAAGCGCCGCACAACUGACCAGGAGACCAUACGCAGGGCUCCUUGCUGCGAUGCGGAGGUGCAGAGCGAAGUUGUGCAGGUCGCCGAAGCAGAGAUCCAAGCAACUGAAGUGCUGGCCAGGAAGAAGCGGGCCCGUGCCACACGCCACCAUGCGCGUGCUUCGCGGCUUUCUUUGGCACAGGCCAAAGAGCUACGGACAGGAAAAGCCAAAACAGGCAUGCCUGUCUUCGCGGACGAGUCUGAGAUGAAGAAGAACCUUCGGCAGGCUCUGGUGAAGGUUCCCUACAAUGUCCAUGACUACUACCGCACGGAAGGGACGCUCGGCCUUAGAUGA